AUGUGGGCCCGGAGGGAGAUCAGCCUACAUCAACCGGUGGAACAACCCCACGCUAGGGACGCCGCUCGAGCUGCGCUUGCGGCGCCGCGCGCGUCGCUCCGGUUCGCCGAACCCCCGUGCCUCUCCCACCUCGUCAUCCCCGCCCACCUCGCCGACCCACCCCGCCACGACCCCCGCGGCGACGACGUGUCCCUUCUCUACGGCGGUAUCAUCGAAACAUCGAGCGGCGACGGCCUCCUCCUCCUCGCCUUCAUGGACGUAAGCGCCACGGCCCCCAUCGUCGCCACGCGCGGCGGCACUCAGGUGCGCAAGUUGACUGCCAUCGACCUGGACCUCGACAUUACGCGCUUCGUCUGCAACCCCCUCAGCGGCCAGGUGUUCCGCCUCCCGGACAUCGACGGCACCAAGAAGACGUCGUGGUACUCGGAGAUGGGCAUCCUCACCCAAUCUGAACGCCCGGACCGGCCGCCUGACAAGUACGCUGUCGCCGUGCUCAGUGAGGACCGCGAUGGGGAGGGGCGGAGCUUCGUCAUGCGGCGGUUUCUGUCGCAAACAGGGGAGUGGGAGAAGCUGGUGGGCUUGCCGUCCCCGCUCCCGCUCGCACGGCGGAUCAAUAUAGACCGCGAGGUGCUGGCCUCCGGCCGGCUCUGGUGGGUCGAUGCGAGCUGGGGCGUCGUCUCCUCCGACCCGUUCAGCGACCAACCGGACCUCCGCUUUGUGGAGCUGCCCAGGGGCAGCGUGACAGAGCCCGUGGAGAGUUGGGAGGACUGGCGGGUACAGGGGAGGUACCGCCACAUUGGGGUCAGCGAGGGGAGGCUGCGCUACGCCGAGGUGUCCAAGGAGAAGCCUUUCCUGCUCAGUUCCUUUGCCCUUGAUGAUGAUGGAAGCGGCUGGAGACUGGAACACCGGGUGGCGCUUAGCCGAGUCUUCCCACAUGGAGAUUACUUGUCUGGGGAUGAUACGCCACAGAUCGGCGCUCUUGACCCACUGAGCGCAAGCAUCAUGCACCUCACAGUGGCAGAACAGGCUUUGUCCGUAGACAUGGACAGGGGGGAGCUGCUUUCGUGUUCAUUGAGAGGUGAAGAGGAGCGCCUCAAGGGAAAGGAGUUUGCUUUCCCUCGAACUGGGCCGAGGGUGGCAGUCCAUCUUCCUCGACCGCGGCGGCGGCCUGCUACCUCGCCUCGGGAGGAGUGCCUCGGGGGAAAGGAGCAGGCGGCCGCCACCUGA